GAAAGAGACAACACGGCCCAACUUCCGGGAAUAUUGAGGUUGUUGGGGACAGGGAACACUAGGCUGAGUUACCGAAUCUUAUUAUAGACACAGUUUCUUUCAGUUUGGUUGAUCAAAUAUAUGACAGUAAACAUUUGGUAACGUUACUUCAAUAUUGUCAUCAUUUCACCAUAAACACAUUUUUCAUUUGGAAAUAGAAUUCGUCGCAUUAGAGGUUUUCGGACGUCAUACGUUUUUCGACGGCCAUGUUAUCGCGAUUACUCGCGGUAAAACGGGGGGAGUAGCAUUACACAGACAUUGUAAAUAAUCAGAUGAUAGCUUGUUUUUAAGAGAAAGUUGUCUUUUAAAAACGAAUAAGAUGUUUCACAGUUGUUCAUGUAAAUAGAGAGAAAAGUGUGAAUCUUUCUAAGCGUCCGAAAACCCAUAAAACUGGGAUACACAUAGAUCUAUUAUAGGUACAAUUUGGACAGGUUCUACCAGCUUCUUUGCAGGGAUAUUUUGUUCCCAUUUCUAGAAUCAUUGACAGGUAACAUACAACGAAAGGUCUAUUGAACUCAGACACUGAACAUGGAAACUUCCAUGAUAUAUGUAAGACAGUUACACUCCCAAAAUUAUGACCAAACUCUCUUUCUUACAUUGAUCAUAACAAGAUCUAAAUGCAAUAAUAUUAAUAGAAAUGCAUGACACUGAUCGCGGCAUGGAGCUUAAUGUGGAUGAAUAAUGUAAUCUGAACAUAGCAUUUGAUGUCUAUUUAUAAAUACCUUUUGAUUUAUAAAUACCUUUUUAUUCUCCUCUUAUGUCUAUGUCAAUAUCAACACGUCAAGUAGAUCUAACACGAGAUUUGAAAACGAGCUUCCAAGACGAAACAAGGUGUCCCGGCUUGUUGAUGAUGCUGAGAAGGUCCACAGUGUAGUUGCGUCUCCAUGCUGUAGACCAUGGCCAGCAACAUGGAGUCGCUGUGGUACGACCACUACCAGGGGGCCGUGUACCCCCUGGAUCUCCAUGCUCAAGCCAACUGUGCCUGGUCCAAGUCACCCAAGGGAAAAGUUCCGACCCUUACCCACUUAUGUGCUGCUUAUAUUGUCAAGGAUUCCACCAUGACCUACCAGGCGGUUGAAGUGAUGCCCCAGACAUUAUGUUUGCCUCUCAUGCAUGAAGCGUUGCUUGGCAACCGUGAUAGAGCAAUUGAGGUUCUUUUAUCUCAUUGGCCAUUGUCAACCAUGUCUCUGUCGGGAUUAGCACCUCCCGUGUUCACGUCGCUGUUACCACUGUACAACUCUGUGUACCUGGCAGACAUUGUGAGGCAAAGUCUUCGUUAUACCACAACAAUGGCUCACACAUUCAUAGAAAGUCUACGCAAAAGACAGCCAACUAAUCUACGGUACCUUGACCUAACUGGGUACCCUACAGCUGAGGUAAUUGUGUACUUCCUGGCAUCACAUGUGAUGCUGGCGUUCACUGAAUCACAGCAGAACAAGCAGAUCCGUCUCUACAAUGACACUAUCCCCAGCUAUGACCGUCCAGACCUCCCAGCCCACAUUGAUCCUGUGCUGCCUUCACUACCAGAAAACUGUAUUAUGAUUAAACUUGAUGCCUUCGUGACAUCGGAGUCCACUCACAGUGAGCUGUGUAAGGCCCUGAAGGUGUCCAGCUUCCCCCACAGUCGGGUCAGGCUGUGCAUCGUCCGUCUUGGCGCUACGUGUCUCGGAGAGGCUAGACUAAGCAUUCUCCUCAAGGUCCUCAUAGCUGAGUAUGUUCAGGGGCUGCAGCUCAAGUACAACUCCCUCACCAUUGACGACAUCGUCAAGCUAAGUCCAGCGUUCUCAACCCUCGUCAACCUGACAGCCCUGGACUUGUCCUGCAACUCCAUCUACUUCUAUAUGAGUGAUGCUGCCACUGACAGACUCUCCGAAACAUUCACACACAUGCCUAACCUGGCCAGGCUGGAUCUCAGUAACAACAGAAUCAAAACUAAGUUGCGAAGGCUUUUGUCUAACAUUCCCAAACCUCUUCAGUACUUAAGAGUGGCAGCAUGUGGACUUACAGUGUCUGAUAUCACUUACCUUUCUGUAUCCCAUCAUACAAUGGGCCUCUGUGAACUUGACCUCAGUGAAAAUAGUCUUGGUCCCGCAUGCCGGAACCUCAGCAAACUUCUUAGUGCUUUAGCAAAUACAUUGCUUGUGUUUGAAGCAGAAGACUGUGGACUCAUGGAUGAACAUUUUGAGUAUUUGCUGCCAAGUUUCUCCAUGUUAAAGUAUGUGCUGUUUCUAAACCUGGCCGAGAACCGUGUAUCUCGAGAGGCACUGGUUUACAUCACAGAAGCUGUUGCCCAACUCCCGCAGUUGAAGGUCUUCCGGACUUCCUACCCAACAGACUGCUACCACCAUGACUCGGAGGAGAUUGAGGAGGAGGAAAGAAUAACAACUGUUGCUAGGUUACGAGAUAUUGUAUCCAAGACAUCUGAAUCCCGGCCACAGAUUGGGAUCAUGCAGCUAGUGGUUGUUGAGUUGGAGAGGAUUUUCAUGGACGAAUCCUGAAUGGAUUGGUGAUAUUAUCAAUAGAAGAUAAACUCAAAAACAGUCCAGAGUCCAAAAGAGUGUGUCUUGGGGCUUGUUGAAAAUAUCUAUUUCCCCAGAUGCCAUUAUCAAUAGGCCUGGAACACUAUCUAUAUUGUCUAACCUCUCAUUGGAUUGAUGAAGUGGUAUAUCUACAUACUGUGGCCAUCUUCUGAAGUGGUAUGUCUACAUGCUGUGGACAUCUUCUGAAGUGGUAUGUCUACAUGCUGUGGACAUCUUCUGAAGUGGUAUGUCUACAUGCUGUGGACAUCUUCUGAAGUGGUAUGUCUACAUGCUGUUGACAUCUUCUGAAGUGGCAUGUCUACUUGCAGUGCAAAUCUUCUGAAGUCGUAUGUCUACAUGCUGUUGACAUCUUCUGAAGUGGCAUGUCUACAUGCAGUGGAAAUCUUCUGAAGUGGUAUGUCUACAUGCUGUUGACAUCUUCUGAAGUGGCAUGUCUACAUGCUGUGGACAUCUUCUGAAGUGGUAUGUCUACAUGCUGUUGACAUCUUCUGAAGUGGUAUGUCUACAUGCUGUGGACAUCUUCUGAUGUGGUAUGUCUACAUGCUGUGGACAUCUUCUGAAGUGGUAUGUCUACAUGCUGUGGACAUCUUCUGAAGUGGUAUGUCUACAUGCUGUGGACAUCUUCUGAAGUGGCAUGUCUACAUGCAGUGGACAUCUUCUGAAGUGGUAUGUCUACAUGCUGUGGACAUCUUCUGAAGUGGUAUGUCUACAUGCUGUGGACAUCUUCUGAAGUGGUAUGUCUACAUGCUGUGGACAUCUUCUGAAGUGGUAUGUCUACAUGCAGUGGCCAUCAUCUGAAGUGGUAUGUCUACAUGCUGUUGACAUCUACUGAAGUGGCAUGUCUACAUGCAGUGGAAAUCUUCUGAAGUGGUAUGUCUACAUGCUGUUGACAUCUUCUGAAGUGGCAUGUCUACAUGCAGUGGAAAUCUUCUGAACUGGUAUGUCUACAUGCUGUUGACAACUUCUGAAGCGGUAUGUCUACAUGCUGUGGACAUCUUCUGAAGUGGUAUGUCUACAUGCAGUGGACAUCUUCUGAAGUGGUAUGUCUACAUGCUGUGGCCAUCUUCUGAAGUGGAAUGUCUACAUGCAGUGGAAAUCUUCUGAAGUGGUAUGUCUACAUGCUGUUGACAUCUUCUGAAGUGGCAUGUCUACAUGCAGUGGAAAUUUUCUGAAGUGGUAUGUCUACAUGCUGUUGACAUCUUCUGAAGUGGCAUGUCUACAUGCAGUGGCCAUCUUCUGAAGUGGUAUGUCUACAUGCUGUGGACAUCUUCUGAAGCGGUAUGUCUACAUGCUGUUGACAUCUUCUGAAGUGGUAUGUCUACAUGCUGUGGAUAUCUUCUGAAGUGGUAUAUCUACAUGCUGUGGACAUCUUCUGAAGUGGUAUGUCUACAUGCUGUUGACAUCUUCUGAAGUGGUAUGUCUACAUGCUGUGGAUAUCUUCUGAAGUGGUAUGUCUACAUGCUGUGGACAUCUUCUGAAGCGGUAUGUCUACAUGCUGUGGACAUCUUCUGAAGUGGUAUGUCUACAUGCUGUGGAUAUCUUCUGAUGUGGUAUGUCUACAUGCUGUGGACAUCUUCUGAAGUGGUAUGUCUACAUGCUGUUGACAUCUUCUGAAGUGGUAUGUCUACAUGCAGUGGCCAUCUUCUGAUGUGGUAUGUCUACAUGCUGUUGACAUCUUCUGAAGUGGUAUGUCUACAUGCUGUUGACAUCUUCUGAAGUGGUAUGUCUACAUGCAGUGGACAUCUUCUGAAUUGGUAUGUCUACAUGCUGUGGACAUCUUCUGAAUUGGUAAAUUCAACAACAAUCUUUAUCGAUUAUGAAGACCUUGCUCAAGGUACUUUAACCUAAGAAUGUUGAUAUGCAUUUGAACAGUGUGCUGUUCUCUAGUACAAGGGUUAAAAAGUAAAGUUUGAUUUUCAAAAUACUGGAACUGUGUCCUUAAAUUGUGAUAUAUUGGUAAUAUUCCUUCUGUUCAUGUGUGUUUUUGGAAUGUCACAAGCUGUAAUCUACAAGUGAUACCCUGAUGUACACCAGGAACUUCUCACCCUGCAACGUUUUAGGUCCACAAUGUUUCAGCAGUCCCCAACAAAUUUUGCGGUAAAAUUAUCAAAAUUCUGCAGCUAAAAUCACUCAAUUCUGCAGUAAAAACAACCCUUUAUACCCCUAAACAAUUAUUGUAAAUUCCUAUGCAUAGUGUCACUGAUAUUUCUGAGAUAUAUUUGCAAUUCUGCGGUAAGUUACAUUUUCUGCAAAUCUUUCCUUAUUCGGAGAAUUUGUCCAGGAUUAUUUCAGGUCUAAGGUCAGAGAAGGUCACAGAAACAUGCAGACCUACAAAUUGUCAUUCAACAAAGGACCUGCAAAUUAUUCAAAUUGAAGCAAAUAUAUUGUCCAUUUUAUAUUUGACAUCUAUUUCUUUCAAAUGACGUUUAUCAUUGAAUGUUGCUUCUCAAAUCAUGCUGAUAUUGAAAAAAUGAAUUUUGUUAAGAUUUGAUUUCUGUCAACAUUCAGAUGGUGAUGUCAAGGUCACAAAUGCAAGCUUAUUUAUUUGCUAAGGAUGUUUGUGACCAAGUUGUGACCAACUUUAUGUUGGUCACAUGAGGCACUUCAUAUGAUGGUGUAGUUCUCAUUACAGCACAUGUGUUGAUUGAUUCACUAAUUGCUGUGCUGUAUAAAUGUUUAUGAUUGAAACUCCAAAGAAUUAAUUGGAAAUCAGAGGUAGGUUGUGAUAAAUCCUAACCUGCAAUAAAACAGUUCCCUAAAAGGAACAUAAGGAUAAAAAUUACAAUUAUUUAUUAAUUUAUUUUUGAAUAUAUUUGUAAAUAUUUUAAAACAAAUGUCUGUAAAAUGUUUUCUAAAAUAUAUGUGAAAUGUAAAUAUGAGAACAUACAUACCCUCUUAAUUAUUUGUAUAUACUUCUGUUGCUCUCACUUUGCAUUACUAUUUUCUUGUUUUGUAAGUAAACAUAAAGCUAGUAGACUUCCCUUACUUGUUAUGUGGAAGGGUACAGACGAACCAAAGAAUUCUGACAUCGUCUGUAGUUACGUAAUAGGACACUCGUUUUUUGGAAA